UGUUGAGGACUACUUGAGGUAUUAUUCAAAUAUGGAAAAAUCACUGUUUGUAUGAAAAAAUCGUCGAUUAUUAUUUAGGUAUUGCCAUACCUGAUGUCAUUAUUCACGUGUUAUGCAUAGAAUACACACCAGUUAUCAUUUCAGGUAUUUUACCUCUUAUGCAGAGCUUCUUAAUACCUCAUUCAGGUUGUAGGUAUUCGGAUUUCCAUACCUGAGUUUGGUAUUCUUCAGCUAUUUUCUCCUGCUCGAAUAACCACUCAUAUUUGCAGUUGUGGGUUACAACCAAAAUAAUUUAACUAAUGCAAGCAACCGGUUUGAGAGAAAAACAUUAUACGAAGAUGGCAUCCAAGUCAAUAUGCAGUUCUGAAAUCAAACCAGCAAUAUAAAACCGCAUUCUUACCGAAAUAAUCAGCACUCCCGUUAUGCAAGCAGAAUGCAUCGGACAAUUUUAUUUUUCGUCUUACUCUCCACAUACCAUAACACUGCAUGGACCGGAGAAACUGAUCAAACAGCUGCAAUCCAAGCCGAUGCUCACGAUGAGCAACUCAAACUUUAUUCUCCUAUACUGACCAGCGCAACGAAUCCUGCUGUUUCCAUCAAUCCAAACGAGUUCUUGCAACGAGGUGUCGCGUAUACCUUACGGUGUGGCUCCAAUGCGGGUACCUUCUGGACAGCCUUCCGGUAUUGCAUGGGAAAGACACAGCAGCUUGCGUCCGAUGAAUCUUCGCAGGAUUCUGACCGGCUGGCGAAAUUUCUAUUAAACAAUUACAGAGCACUAGCGGGCAAAAAUGUUUGGCUUGGUGGAACCGAUGCGGGAAAACGGAACUCGUGGAUUUGGCUAUCUGAGUUGAGCCCCGUUGGAGGAUUGACAAAAUAUCUACGCUGGAAGAGCAACGAGCCCAGUUCUAUACCGGGGAAGAAUAUGUGCAUGGUAGCAGUUCUGGAAAACAGUGAAGUGAAAUGGAAAGCACAAGACUGUGAAGCAUCAAAUUGCUAUGUGUGUCAGAAAUAUUUAACGUGAUUUUAUAAUGAAAGUUUUGAAAAAAAUAGUAUGAACAUAGGCAUGAUGUAAAAUAUCACUGAAUGAAGUGAUCAAA